AUGUCAGACAACAUCAUGUCAAAGCAAGUUGCCAUCGCUGGUGGUUCUGGCAAUGUGGCUCAAGAGGUGAUAGAUGCAAUUUUGUCCCGGGGUAGCUACAAAGUUGUAGUUCUGAGUCGAAGAGAUGCUGUAAACAGUGAGACGACACACGUUGAAUGGAGAAAGGUCAACUAUCACAGCCAUGCUUCACUCGUAACAUCCCUUGAUGGAAUCGAUACCUUGCUGUCUUUUGUAGCAACCGCUGACAUGGAGGCGGCCUUCGAGCUGCAAAAAGUGCUGAUCCACGCAGCUAUCGAAGCGGGCGUACGAAGAUUCGCCCCAUCUGAAUGGUCGUCGCGCUCGGAAAGUGGCAUUGCUCACUACGCAUACAAGGAUGAAACGCGCAAGUACCUCGAAGCAAUAAACAAAGAGAAAGAUCAAAUCGAAUAUUGCCUCUUUCAGCCCGGCUUCUUCACCGAAUACUUCGCAGUACCGAAUGCAACGGCCAGUCACCUUCAGAGCUUCAAGAUGUUUGCCGACUUUGAGUAUCGCCGCGCCAUCAUAAUGGAGGGAUCGGAGGGAUCUCCACUCACACUCACGACGGUCGGAGAUAUGGCUAAGGUCGUGGCUCUUGCACUGGAUUACAGCGGCAGGUGGCCCACAACUGGAGGUAUCCGGGGAACCCAAACAACUAUCUCCGGAUUUUUGAGCCUUGCCGAAGGGAUUCGAGGUCCAUUCCAGAUCGAACGACUGGUCCCAGAAGACGUGAAUAAGGGGGAGCUGAAGGCGUCAUGGUAUCCCAUUAUUGAACAUAAAGCUCUUCCAGAUGAGUACAGGGAGCUGUUCUCGAAGAAUGUAACGAUGGAAUAUGUCAAAUCUCUGGCCGCUGGUGGUUGGUCUACCAGCGAUGAAUGGAAUAGAUUGCUGCCUGAUUACAAGUUCAUCUCGGCAGAGGAAUAUUUGAGCAAAGUUUGGAAAGCCACUUGA